AUGAUAUUUUCAGGAUCCUUCCAAUCGUUCCAAUUACUAAUGGCACAGAGAACUCAAGUCGUUUAUCCAGAUGGGAAAACUGUUAACGUAAGUGAAUUUAACGUUGUUAGGAAAAUGAUAAUUUUAGAUGGAUUUUGACGUAUCGUUUUAUAGGAUGAACUUUAUGUUAAUAUAGGUGACACUUUUCUUAUUUUUAUUUUUUUUUAAGAUUAUGUGUAAAAUAUGAUAGGUAUGAGGUUUUAUAUAAUAUGUAUUUUUCUAAUUUAGGUACUAAUUCCAACUCCUCAAGGGUCAGUUUGGAAUGAAAUGCAUUCAAUGAGGAACGGGGAGGAUUCAUUAGACAGACUGUUGGAGUAUGGAUAUCGACGGAUAAAUUUCCUGUGCCAAAGUGCUUAUCCCGGUUUCAAAUUGAAUAAGAACUUACCCGGCCCUCCAGGCCCACCACCAGAGUCACCACCACCACCAAUUUUUGUCCAUACUAAGAAAUCCGAUGUUACUCGAAAAUUCUAA